AUGGUGGACGUCUUCUCUAACAUGCGCUUCCUGUCCGGCCGACAACUAUGGGGGGCAGCCCUGCUGCUGCUCCAGGCCCGGCCGGUCCUAUCCGACCUGAACGUCGUGGCUACUAGUGAUGAUUCCCUCAAGCAGGCCGCCAAGGCCAUCGUUGCCCCGAUGAUGAAGUUCUACCAGCAGAACCAAACUGAGGGUAUCCCCGGCAAGCUGACCGACACCUGGUACGUCGCCGGCAGCAUGUUCAUGACCCUGAUCCAGUAUUGGAAAGCAUCGGGCGACGACUCCCAAAAUAAGAUUGUCUCGCACGAUCUGAUGUUUCAAGCGGGCGAAAAUUACGACUUUUUCCACCAUAACGUUAGCCAGUGGCUGGGUAAUGAUGAUCAAAUGUUCUGGGGACUGGCGUCGAUUACGGCGUCCGAAUGUGGCUUCCCUGAUGUCGAAGGCAAGCCCUCGUGGACUUCCCUGGCGCGCGCCGUCUUCAAUAUGCAAGCCAGCCGCUGGGACACCGCGACCUGCAACGGCGGUAUGCGCUGGCAAAUCUGGCCCUAUCAAGCUGGGUACACGAUGAAAAACGCCAUCUCUAACGGAGGUCUCUUCGAGCUGGCUGCUCGUCUGGCUCGCUUCACCAAGAACGAAACGUACUCUGAGUGGGCCGAUAAGAUCUGGGAUUGGUCCGCAACCACGCCACUUCUACAAACGAAAACGUGGUAUAUCGCGGAUUCCACCAACAACGAGGCCAAUUGCAAGGAUGCCGGAAACGACCAGUGGACUUACAACUACGGCACCUACCUGGCCGGCGCCGCUUUUAUGUAUAACCAUACCAAUGGAGACGAUAAAUGGCUCAAGCGAGUCAAUGGGCUGUUAGACUCGACCAUGGGAAAGUUCUUCCCCAAGCAGUACGGUGGUAAUGUCAUGUCCGAGGUCGCCUGUGAGCCGAUCAUGUCGUGCGACCGAAACCAGCUCUGCUUCAAGGGCUAUCUUGCUAUGUGGAUGGCUCACACAGCCAUCCUGGUACCGUCCACCGCGGAGAGGAUCAUCCCCAAACUGCAAGGAUCCGCCGUCGCCAUUGGAAAGCAGUGCUCCGGGGAAUCCGAAAACCUCUGCGGAGAGACGUGGGGGAAGCCAGAGUGGGACGGAAUGCAGGGCCUGGAAGUCCAGAUGGCUGCUCUAGGCGGCAUCACGUCGAACCUGAUGCUCUCUUCCAAGGCCAGGGACCCCAACACCAUCGACACCAACCCCAACGCCAAAGAAACGCUGAUUCCUACCACCGGGGAUUCCGACCCUACGAAACUCUCGCCGAUCGAGACCGCCGACCGAGCUGGUGCGUGGAUUCUAACCAUUAUGAUGAUUGCCACAGUCACCGGCGCGGUUGGCUGGUUGGUAAAAUCGUGA